CAAUUCAUUAACACCAAAACACUCAACCUCACUCACUUGCUUCAGAAUUUUGAGAUCUGAAAUCGAAGAGAGAGAGAGAGAGAGAUAGAAGAGAGAGAGAUAGAAGAGAGAGAGAGAGAGAGAUGAAGGAACCAUCGUCGGUGGGAUUCGAAGGCAACGGCGUCGUUUCUCCGCCGCCUCAAGCUCUACUCGAGAGACUCAAGGACUACGGUCAAGAAGACGCUUUUGCACUAUGGGACGAGCUUUCCCAAGAGGAACGCGACCUUCUCGUCAAGGAAAUCGAGAGUUUAGAUCUUUCGAGAAUUGAUCGGAUUAUUCGAUGUUCCCUGCGAUCUCAAGGGCUUCCGGCAGCUGCCAUUGAACCUGUGCCGGAGAGCAGUGUGUCGACGGUGGAGGAGAGAAGCCAAGAGGAGCGAGAGAGAUGGUGGAAAAUGGGCUUGAAGGCUAUUUCAGAUGGCAAGUUAGCUGUUUUGCUUUUAUCUGGUGGUCAGGGUACUCGGCUUGGAAGUUCAGAUCCAAAAGGAUGUUUCAAUAUUGGACUUCCAUCUGGAAAAUCACUUUUUCAACUUCAAGCUGAGAGGAUUUUGUGUAUACAGAGACUAGCUGCUCAAGCUACAAAUGAGAGUUCUGCUUCUUCAGUACAAAUACCAUGGUACAUAAUGACUAGUCCAUUCACUGAUGAGGCAACUCGCAAAUUCUUUGAAAGUCGUAAAUUUUUUGGUCUUGAAGCAGAACAGGUUACCUUUUUCCAGCAAGGGACCAUCCCCUGUGUUUCCAAGGAUGGUAGAUUUAUUAUGGAGACUCCAUACAGGGUAGCAAAGGCUCCUGAUGGGAAUGGUGGAGUGUAUUCAGCUCUUAAAUGUACCAAACUAUUGGAGGAUAUGGCCUCAAAAGGAAUUAAGUAUAUUGACUGCUACGGAGUCGACAAUGCACUGGUUCGAGUUGCUGAUCCAGCCUUUUUGGGUUACUUCAUUGAUAAAGGGGUAGCUGCUGCUGCAAAAGUUGUCCGCAAGGCAUAUCCACAAGAAAAGGUUGGUGUUUUUGUACGGAGAGGGAAAGGUGGUCCUCUCACCGUAGUUGAGUACAGCGAAUUGGACCCAUCAUUAGCUUCUGCAGUCAAUCAAGCGACUGGCCGUCUUCGUUUUUGUUGGAGUAAUGUUUGCUUACACAUGUUUACUUUGGAUUUUCUAAACCAAGUGGCAAAUGGCCUUGAAAAAGACAGCAUUUAUCAUCUUGCAGAGAAGAAAAUCCCUUCCAUACAUGGAUAUACAAUGGGAUUAAAACUUGAACAGUUUAUAUUUGAUGCUUUUCCAUAUGCUCCUACGACUGCGCUUUUUGAGGUAUUACGGGAGGAGGAAUUUGCACCAGUAAAAAAUGCAAAUGGAUCCACCAAUGUUGACACUCCAGAUAGUGCAAAACUGCUUGUUCUUCGACUCCAUACUCGCUGGGUAGUUGCUGCAGGUGGCUUCUUAACACAUUCAGUGCCCUUAUAUGCAACAGGUGUUGAAGUGUCACCACUCUGUUCAUAUGCUGGUGAAAACCUUGAACCCAUAUGUCGAGGAAGAACAUUUCAUGCACCUUGCGAAAUUACGUUCUAGCUCCGCUCUGUUUGUGCGGCUUUGUUGUGACAUAUACUACAACGAGGGAGUUCUGAGUCCCAUACAAAUCACACAAUGAAUUUGUGUAUGUUCCUCAUCAUGCACCUGUAUCAACAUAUGUGUAUCUUCUCCAAUCUGUUUUUGUUUAGCUUUUGGUUUUUGGUUUACCUUUUUGUUGUGGAAUGUACAUGUAUCAUCAUUUUACUGACCAUUUACUUGCCCAUGCAGACUUAAAUAUAUCGUCCCAUUUUCGUCUUCCCUUCCCUAUUUCCCUAGUUCAUUCAUGCCAUG